CGCUAAACAAAAUGUGAACAAACCACUGGUGUCUAGACAAUAGUUCACAUUAAGCCACCCUCUUCUUCAAACACACUCCUUUUUCUGGUGUACAAUGGCCAUAUUUUAUAUUAUUACACAGUAUUAAUGGAGGCUAUAGCUCAGAGGUAAAGAAGUAAUGAGGCCCCAAGUAUGAAAACCGCUGCAGAGGAAUCCGCCCGCCCGCAGGCAUGUUACAGCGUGAGGGAAGGUGAAAGCAGCGAUCUGAUUGGCUGCUGGCUUGCGCUCCAGUUCUGCAGAUUUCCCGCCGCUGACUUGUGGACUCGAAGCUCGGUUCUGUCACAGAACCCGCAGUAUCUGGUCGUCUCUGUCAGCGAGUCCCGGGCAGGCGCCGCACACCCUCACGUCACUCUCGGAACUGCUUGAGAAGCCUUAGACUCGAGUACACGGAUGUGACGUCACAGGCCCACGUUUGAACCUGGUGCCCGGGGAUUGUUGUACUAGACGAGAACACAGGGCUGAGGUUCUGUGCGGUACCGACCCGCUACUAGUGAGCUUUUUUUGCAGCCAGACAGAUGGCGGCAGAGCAGGGCAAUGGCGGGGGUCCCCUUCUGACUGUUUUCUUGUUUGACCGCCGCUUGGAGCAGUCGUUGUGUGAGGAGAAGAGCCUGCGGAUCCGAAGGGGUUAUCCGGAGUUCCGCGCAGACGUCUGUGAGACCUUUGGCAUCAGACCAAGUGAAGCGUUUGUCAUCUCAACAACAAAUAGAAAACAAGUGACCGACUCUAACUUUAAUGGGAUCAUUAAAGAUGGCAUCACUUUGUAUAUUCUUAACAGAAUUGAUCAGCUCCUGUCUUCAUCAACACAAGAGAGAAUUAACUUUUUGCCUCAUUACGAUACACUGAUAAAAAGUGGAAUGUAUGAAUAUUAUGCUAGUGAAGGACAAAACCCGUUGCCUUUUGCCCUUGCAGAGUUAAUUGAUAAUUCUCUUUCGGCAACAGCAAAAAAUUGUGGCAUUCGAAGUAUACAGAUAAGAUUGCUUUUUGAUGAAUCCCAAGGAAAACCAACUAUUGCAGUUAUAGAUAAUGGAAAAGGAAUGAGUUCAGCCCAGCUUAAAAAUUGGGCUGUGUACAGAUUGUCAAAGUUUAGAAGAGGAUCUGAAGGAUACAGUGAGGAUGCAAGUUAUGUCCCCCCUCAGCCUGUUGCACGAAGUCUAAACAGCGAUAUCUCUUACUUUGGUGUUGGAGGAAAGCAAGCAGUUUUCUUUAUGGGUCAUUCCACUCGUAUCAUUACAAAGACAUCAGACUCCCAAGAUAUCCAUGAAUUUUUACUUUCCAAAGAUGAUUUUGAGAAGAAAGAGAAGAACAAGGAAUCUAUUUACAGUGGCUACAUAAGAAACAGAAAGCCCGCUGAUUUUUCACAUGUUACAGAGGAUGAUAAGAACCUGCGUAACCUCAUCAUGGAGGAGAAGGAUAAAGAAAGCUUCACUGCAGUUAUUGUUACUGGUGUUCAGCCCGUACAUAUACAAUAUUUAAAAAAUUUCCUUCAUCUAUGGGCUUCACAGCUAGCACAUAUCUAUCAUUACUAUAUGCAUGGGCCUAAAGGAAAUGUAUUGGGUAAACCGAAAACCAUACCUAUUGACAUUGAGGUUUAUAUGUUUGAAAAAGCCAAAGUACCUAAAGCUCUCAAUCUACGAGAGAUCAAUGAUGACAUGCAGACUUUGUAUAUUAAUUCUGCUGCUGACAGCUUUGAGUUUAAAGCUCUGGUUGAAAGAGAAGGUGUGGUAGAAGGAAUAAUACGCUACCAUCCUUUUCUUUACGACAAAGAAACUUACCCAGAGGACCCGUAUUUCUUAUCAAGAGGUAAUGAAGACAUUGAUGAAAUUGAUGAUGACUGCAUCAUUGUGGAAAAAGAAGCUAGAGGAAGGAGACCAAUUUUUGAAUGUUUCUGGAAUGGAAGACUUAUUCCUUAUACUACAGUCCAAGAAUUUGACUGGUGUUCAGUACCGAAAAAGAGAGGACUUGUGCCUACUGAGUGUUAUAACAGGAUCUCUGGAGUUUUAUUUACCAAUGACAAAUUUGAAGUCAGCACAAACAAAUUGAGUUUCCUAGAUCUGGGGUUGAAACUUCAAGAUAAAAACACAAUUUUUACAAGAGUGACAAAUGGACAGGAACAAAGAGUAAAAAUUGACAGAGAAUUUGCUUUGUGGUUAAAAGAAUGUCAUGAAAACUAUGACAAACAAAUAAAAUUUUCUGGUUUCAAAGGUGUAAUUACCCGACAAGAUAUUACAUCAAAGCGUAUGCAAACUCCUUGGGCAACCUAUACAUCCAUUGAGUGGGAUGGAAAGACUUAUAACGCUGGACAGCUGGUAAAAACCAUCAAAACGUCACCUCUCAUUUAUGGACGUAUAGUUAAGUUUCUCCUUUAUGGAAACCAUGAUGGUGAUGUUUAUGCUACAGGAGGAGACGUUCAAAUUGCCUUGGAACCAAAAGAGCUAUAUGACGAGAUGAAAUGCGUACCAAUUUGCAAGAUUGACCGUAUUGUAGCACGAUCAUCUAUAAGGAAGUACAUAGAAGAUGAAAUGGCAAAGUUGCCAGAUACAUUGGCUAUUUCAUGGCCUGAUGGGGAUGCUUUGGAAGAAAAUGAUAUAAAACCUGCAGGAGCUGUUAUAGGAACUUUACGUGUUGAAAUUCUGAACAAGAAAGGAGAAGCAGUGCAAAAACUUCCUGGUACAAGUCACGCCGCUUCAAAGAAGCUGUUGGUGGAAUUAAAAGUUCUGUUGCAUUCACCAAGUGGAGAUAAAGAAAUUAUUUCCCAUAUAAGUCAGCAUGGAGGAAAAUGGCCGUACUGGUUUAAGAAAAUGGAGAACAUUGCGAAGCUUGGUGAUUAUACACUGAAACUUCAAGUUGUUUUAAAUGAAAGUAAUGCUGACAAAUAUGGGGAAAAACCUCUGCCUUCCAAAAACAUUUUGUUUAAGAUUGUGGAGGGCAAACCAUUUAAAUUUGUUGUUGGAUCCCUGGAUCAAGUUCAAGUUGGAAUACCAUUCAAUAUACCGUUAAAUGUUCAGGAUGAAUUUGGCCAUUCUACAUUGCUUUCGGCAGACAGUAAGCCAGUUUUGGAGGGAAGUGGUCUAACGAUUGAAUAUGAAGAGUUAAGCACAGCAUCAGAAUUAUUUAUUAAGGGAGUGAUUGUUAGAGGACAAGUGAAGAGCUGCCAAGGCAAGAAUUUUACAUUAAAUGUUACUUUGGCUGGUUUAAAAGAAGCCUGUCAGACUACGAAGAUCAAGUUAUUACCCGGGCCACCCAAACGACUUAAAGUGUUCCCAGAUAAUAAUGAUCUUAUUAUUGAAAAUGGUUCACCUUUUCCAUUCCAAAUUGAAAUCUUGGACGAAGUAGGCAAUAUUGUAACUCAGCCUAAGCUGAUUGUUCAUUGUAAGUUUAUUGGGGCUCCGAACCUUCCUGUCUAUCGGUUGGAUUGCAGCACUACCGGCAGUGGUAUUCUAACUGGGCCCCCUAUUAAAAUUCAAAAUAUAAAGAAAACACAGGAAUUAAAAGCAAAAAUUGAAAUACCUAGUUGCAAGAAUGUAAAACAUGUGGAAAAAUGUAUUAAACUGCAGCCAAGUAGAAAUAUUGCUAAACUCCAGAUACUUAAAGUGGAGGGUCAAAAAGCUAUUCACAUUAAACACCAGGAUGAGAUCAAGUGGAUGGCAGGAGACAUCAUGCAAAAUAUUAUUUUUCAAGUUUUUGAUGAGGGGGAUAGAGAAAUCAUUAUCACUUCAGAACGUGCAGAAAAAGUCAAGGUUAAUUGGACCCCGAAAGUUCCCAGGGAGAAACUGCUGAAAGGAAUGUUACCUGAUAUUGAAGUGUCUACUUCCGUCACCAACGUUCAGUACUGCCAAGUGACUUUUCAUGACGAUAAUGUUUCUUUGGAGAGUGCGUUCACUGUAAAGCCUAUACCUGAUGAACCAAAACAUUUGAAAUGCAAUUUGAAAGGAGAGAAUAUUAUCCGCAUGGGUGAAGAGCUAAAAGGUGAAAUUGAAUUAAUUGUAACGGACCAGUUUGGGAAUCCGAUAGAAACAAUGUUGCCUUCGUGUCUUGAUUUUUUGGGUGUUUCUGGAAAAAAUCUUGACAAAGGAAAAAUCAGAAAGAUCUUUCAGGAAAGCACUCAAUCUAUAAUUGUCAAAGGAAUAUCAUUCUAUGUUGGCGGACCUCUAGAGGACAUAGAGUUAUGUUUUGCAUGGAGAGUUUUUCAGCUUAUUUGCGACUAGAGGCUUGUUGCUGGGCCACCUUCCAAAAUUAGUCUGGGAGAAUGGAAUGAGGUUAUGCCUGCCUCUGUUCCCUACAUUUUUGUUUCUGGCAUUGAAGUUCAGAAGCCUCUAAUUAUCCAGUUAUAUGAUGAGUGUGAUAAUCCAUCUCCUGAGCCGAAUUUGAAGGUCACAUUGAUGAAGGACAAUGUUCUAAAGUCCGGUCCUCAGCUGCAUAAAACUGAUGCUAAAGGUGAAGCGAAUAUGGGAUUGUUUACUUUCACUGCACCUAAGGGUAUAUAUUCUUUGCACUGUAAAGCUGUGAAUAAUAAGUAUAAUGUGGAAAGUUCUCCAAUAAAGAUAAAAGUUGUGCCUGAUCCUGAAAAACCAGCCAGUGUUGCUGUAAAAUUUGAAAAAGGUGUGGAUUCUGCUGGAAGUGUUUUUCCUGACUUUGUAGUUAGCAUUCUUUCUGAAGAUGGCUAUCCCAUUAAGAACCUUAAAUCAGCUUGCUGUUCCAUGAAAAUUUGGAAGUCACAAACAACUGGUGGAAAACCUCCAGCUACUGCAAAAGAGCUUAACUGCAAUAAACCAAGAGAUGGGGACAAAAAUGGCUGCUUCUAUUUCAGAGAUAAAAUGAUACCUGAGCGUGUUGAAAAGUACUGUAUCCAGUUUAUGUAUAUGGGUGAGAAGGCUCCUGUACUUUAUAGUGAACAGUUUUUAAUAGAUGUUGUUGCCAACAAGCCUGUGAAAUUGGUUCCACUCUCAAACCCUGCCACUCCAGCAGUGUCCAAUGUUAAAGAUGAGGAUAACCGCACUUUAAUCAAGAAUUUAUGGCUAAAGACUGUGGAUGAACACAGUAACUUGGCAGGUGUUGAUUUGAAUGGUAAGAUCAUUGCACAGAUAAUAAGCACUUCUGAGACCGAGAAGGAAAUUCCACGUUUCCAGUCAAAUACAGAUACCCUCGAGUUCACUUUUAAGAAUGGAUCUGCUGACAUCCCUAGCCUAAUUCUUGCUGAACAUAGCCCAGGAACGGACAGCACAGAAUAUAAGAUUAUGUUUUCACUUGAUUGCCAAACCAUGGAACCAGUGGAUGUAGAGCCCUAUUACCUCCCGUUCAUGUUUUGCAAUGAUUUUAAGAAGCAACAGCAGAUUGCACAGCUUACAAAGGAGAAAGACAAUUUAACAGAAUCAAUUAAGGUUUUUAAAGGCCUUUUUGAUGCAACAGAUCACCUGAUCAAAGAAAUGAAAUGCCAGUCGGUAGAGGCCACGGGUAAAGAAAGGCUCCUGAAAAAUGAAUUAGAGAAAAAGAAAAUUGAUUUGCCAGUGAAAAACCAGAUAGAACACAUUAAUAACCUCAUAAAUAAAAAGAUGGCUCAAGCAGAGACCUUGUUUAAUCAGCCUAGACGGAAAUGUUUACUGCCUUCUUUUUCAAAUUGCAGAAAGGAUGUCUUAGGAAAGAUUGCUCAUUUGGCAUGCAUCGAAGAUGAACAAGCUUCAAUUGUAAUUUCAUGGCACCUAGCUAGUGAUAUGGACUGUGUGGUUACACUGACGACUGAGGCUGCCCGUCGUAUUUAUGAUGAGACUAAGGGUCAACAACAAGUCCUACCAUUAGAUUCAAUCUAUCGGAAAGGUUUGCGAAGCUGGGGAAGGCCUUUACCACACAUACGUAAUGGAGCAAGUUGCUUUGAAGCUACGGGCAAUCCAGUUUAUGCAAGAGACCUUCUGGUAUUCUCAGAAAACAAGGAACAAUGUGAAAUAGUCUUUGGAAUGCUUUUAGGUGACACAAUAAUUCUAGAUAACCUUGAUGCAGCCAACAACUACAGAAAACAGCUUGUUCAGUUUUGUCAGUGCCCAACACUGCUGACUAGAGAUGGAGAGAGAAUCCGCGGCAAUGGAAAGUUUGGUGGAGUGCAAAAUAAAGCACCCUCUAUACGCCAGCUUGGCAAAAUGAUGUUUGGAGCUCCAAGGCCCAGUGAAUUUGAAACUGUUUCUGCGGAAAUAGAACUCUUAAAGCAGUAUCGUGAUGCAGUAAAAAGGUCCCAGACUGUAAGUGAAGAGCUUGAGAAGCAGAUUAAAAGCUUGGACUCGCCAGAUAUGAAACAGAAGAAAAAGGAGUAUGAGGAAAAAGAAAGAUCUCUGCAGGAGAUUGAAAAAAAACUUGGUAUGACCCCAAAAAAUCAAAACAAGAGAGCUGAAGCUUAUAUAGAUUAUCUCAGCAUGUCUGAUUGUCCUGUUCCUUCAAAACGAGCGAAAAAAGAUACAUUAAGGAGAACCUCCACAUGAAAAGAUAAUGACCCAAAAGGUUAGAGCCGAAAUGGAAAUUUGACUACGUUUUGAAGAGAGACAGUUUUAGGAAAAAUGCUAGAACUGUUUCUGACAUCUGUUUCAGCAGGCAACUUUGUAAUAUAAGCUAUUCAGUAUUUUUGUAAAAAAAGAUCUAGAAACAGUUUUUUUUGUAUAGAUUGUUUUGUAAAUCUGAUGUUUUACAUUGCAAGUGGCUCGCAUUUUUGGAAAGUCGGUAUGUAUGCAGUGAAAAAAUUAAUUUUGGUCAUGCUGGUAUAGUGUGUACAAAAGACUUUUCUGUAUUGAAGUUUUUACUUUGCCUGUUCUAAUUUGCUAUUAAAAGGUAAAGUACAUAUCUAGAAUUUAUGAAAGCAAGAAAUAAAUUCAACUUGCCCUUACUUUGAUUACAGAAGAUAUUUUAUUAUAAUGUUAUAAUUUUGCAAUUACAUAUUUAUACGGCAUUACAAUAUGCCACUGACAGUGAUGUCUACUGUUUUUUGUUGGUGGCAAUAUUGAAAAAAUUUACAUUUAUUUUUGUAAUACUAUUACAUAUAGUAUUUCUGUACCAAUUCAUUGGUGAUAAGUCAGAGCAACUGGACUCAUUCAGAAGGUCGUGAAUGUUUUGCGGUCUGCAAAUUGCGGAUCUGCAAAACACGGAUACCGGCUAUGUGCCUCCCACAUUUUGCAGA